AUGGAAGGAUACCCUAUCUCCAACAGUCACGGCUCGACCUUCACCAACUGUAACGUAUCGGAUAAUUCUCAGGCAUUCCUUGGCCACAGUACCAUUCAAACCGUAAAUAAUUACAACGCAGGUUACAGAGGUCCUGAAAAAGACUUGAAGAUACAGUUUCGUGAGGCUUUGCAAUCGAUUGCCAGUAAUCCCAGGUUCUUUAACAUCGAAGAUGCUAAGCGGGACACUUUUGAGGAAAAAGGCACCUCCGUCAUCAAAUACUUUCUUUCCGAGCUCGGCCACGAGCAUGAGAAGAAGCUUACCGGACUACUAUCUUCAGUCUUCGACCAGCUGUUAGAUCUCUUCCCGGGACUUAUAUCCUCGUUCAUUCUGCCAAUAUUCAAGGAUGUGAAACGUCAUAAUCCCCGCAAUGAAUUCUUAUUUCCAGAGCAAGAACUAAAGGACGCGCUCAAACUGGUUGUUGAGAAGUGUCAGACGAAGAAGACGGUGAUUUUACUUAUCGACGGCUGGGAUGAAUGUGAACCUGAAAUGCAAUCAGAAGGACUUUACUUUUUAAAAGACUGGGUCGAUUCUACCAUUCAACGAAAAACACCACUGUCGAUAAAGCUCUGUCUGGCAAGCCGGCUAAACGAAAUCAUGACUGAAAGAAUGAAUGCAGGCAGGAAAGAUCUGAGAGACACAGUUCGUGAUGCUUUAAGCCAUAAGAUUGCGCGAAAAGGUUCCACGGAGCAGGAUCUUCAUCAGAACAUUGAUGAGCUUCCUGAGCAGAUCGAAGAAUUAUACAAAAGAUUUGUGACACAAUUGGAGUGUCCGAAACGAGCCUGGAAAUAUUUGCAGUUGUUCUGCUUGCCGUGUGAGGCAGGGGGCUUUCACCCCUGGAGAUAUCCAACGUUGCUCGAACUUUCUUUCGUGGAUACAACUGUGGCUCGGAUUAUUCAGCUGGAUACUCAGGACAAGAAAACAGUUUUCGCGCUUGAUAUCAUUGAUCGUCUACAAGAAAGCUGUGGACAGUUUCUAGAGGUCAUUGAUAUGGACAAAAAGUAUAUUAGUAACACCCUUAUUGAGAGCUGGAACUACGACGAUUAUCCUUCUCAUGAUGACGAUAUGCGUAGUGUCCAACCGGUACACAAGACUGUCGUUGAAUUUAUCGCCAAAAAAUCGAGGUUUGCUGCCAGUUUCGAAGAAGCCAGUGAAAGUGAUUGGUUGGAUGCUCGGAUUACACAACUUAGGUGCUGGCUGCGACUCCUAGUUGUCCUCGCAAAUCCUGAAUGGGGAGACCAAGAUUCCGAAAACCUUCAGACCUGCAAUACUCCCAUUAUGAAUUACAGAUUGACGGCAUUUUUCUCGGCUGCUGACUACUACUAUCAAAUAACAGGUGCCGAUCGUUUUUGCAAAUUUGAGCCAUGUUGCAACAUUUACGAUAAUACUUCGUUUCCACAACUGGACAAAUUGACCCUCGCUAUGACCAAUGGAUUGUUUGGUUAUGUCAAAGUCAAACUACCUCUUUCGGACGACCUCCGAAGAGCUACGGCCCGUCAAAUGCCACUACUAUUAUGUGCUGUCAGUUGUCUGAAUCAUUCUAACUUGAAGGACUACCAGCGUGGACUCGACUUGGUAAAAGUUUUACUACUCAGCGGCAGUUACUCCGUAAAUGAGUUAUAUAGAGGGCUGUCCAGUUGGCAGUACUUGAUCCUCCGGACGAUUGUGAUUUGGAAUGUCGAAGAACAUCGUCCAGAUUUGGAUAUCUACAGCUUGUUCUUGGAACAUCGUGCCAAUCCGGACAUAAAUUUUGGGCCAGGAUUGAGAUUGGACGAAAGCUUAGUCAAAGCACACCUCCCAGCUGAUCCUAACGAGAUGAUAGAAUGUGGGUUUGUAGGACCCCUCUGUCUUGCACCAGAGACCUACGACUCUGAGUAUUAUCAAUCAUGGUCGUUUGAUACCAACUAG